AUGGAGAAGCACCAUGCUCUUCCGUCUUCUCAGACGGAAUAUGCUACUCCCAAACUCAAUCUUCUAGAUUUACCACAAGAAAUUCAAUUAUUGGUAACUUCUCAUCUGAUAUAUCCAGAUGCGCUCUCCCUAAAGCAUACCAAUCGAUAUUUCUACUCUUUUGUAUAUACCGGUUUACACUUGAAGAUAGAGUGGAUGAUUCGGAGACGGCGGCUACAUUUGGAUUGUCCAAGUGACAGUAAAUGUGAAUUGGGUAGUGAUGUUAGAUUUUGUCGAGGGAGUGUUGCCUUGUUGAUGAAGAGGAGAAGAGAACAUCAAGAAUGUGAUAGUAAGCCAGGAGGGACAGGAUGCCUGGUACUAGGGAGAAAUAUUUGUGUUGAUAAGAAAGAAAGCAAUCAUAUCAAGGUAGUCUGGAGAUACCUUAAAUCGGGAAUUCCUCUGUGGUUAGUAGUGGUGACAGUUGCUUUGCUGGCCAUUGUCAUAGCUCCGACGAAAAUAUCGCCUAUCACGGGAAACCAUUGA